GCUAUCAUCCAUGGUCUUGUGAAAGCUCCUCUCGGUAUUAUCCUUCAGCCUGUCCACAUGGUUGAGAGUCUUACAUUAUUUCUUGCAAGACUUAAUAGACAGCCUGUUGUACACUUAUACUGCGAUAGUGUGAGUUUGCAUCAGUAAAAGCAAGAGUUGUACAAAUCGAAUUGCGGCUUGUAUUUGUCAUGGCUGUACCUUUGAAAGUAUGCAUCGUUGGCUCAGGAAACUGGGGCUCUGCCAUUGCCAGGAUAAUUGGCAACAAUGCAAACUUGCUCCCGCGUUUUGCCAGCACUGUCAAUAUGUGGGUGUUUGAGGAAAACAUCAAUGGCAGGAAGCUGACAGAUAUCAUCAACACUGAACAUGAAAAUGUCAAAUACCUCCCUGGAUACAAACUACCAGAAAAUGUGGUGGCUGUUCCCCAGCUGAGAGAUGCUGCUGAGGGGGCCGAUCUGCUGGUGUUCGUGGUCCCGCACCAGUUCAUCCGUAGGCUUUGCGACGAGAUGAUGGGCUGUGUGUCUGAGAAGGCCCGAGGAAUCACACUCAUCAAGGGUGUAGAUGAAGGACCUGAGGGUCUCAAGCUGAUAUCCGACAUCAUCAGGGAGAAGAUGGGUAUUGAUAUGAGUGUGCUGAUGGGGGCAAACAUUGCCAAUGAGGUGGCGGCUGAGAAGUUCUGUGAAACAACUAUAGGGUCCAAGAUCAUGGAGAACGGGCAGCUGUUCAAAGAGCUUCUCCAGACCCCUAAUUUCCGCAUUACAGUGGUGGAAGAUGCAGAUACGGUUGAGCUGUGUGGGGCCCUGAAGAACAUAGUAGCCGUGGGGGCGGGCUUCUGUGACGGACUGCAGUGCGGUGACAACACCAAGGCGGCUGUGAUCCGCCUGGGUCUGAUGGAGAUGAUCGCCUUCGCCAAGCUCUUCAGCAAAGACGACGCCGUCUCCUCCGCCACCUUCCUAGAGAGCUGCGGCGUGGCUGACCUCAUCACCACCUGCUACGGGGGGCGCAACCGCAAGGUUGCCGAAGCCUUCGCGAGGACUGGGAAGAGCAUUGAGGAGCUUGAGAAGGAGAUGUUGAACGGGCAGAAGCUGCAAGGACCACUCACCUCUGCGGAGGUCUACCACAUCCUCAAACAGAAAGAACUGGUGGAAAAGUUCCCACUCUUUACUGCCGUCUAUAAGAUCUGCUUCGAGGGGAAGCCGGUUCAGGAGAUGAUCACCUGCCUACAGAGCCAUCCAGAGCACAUGUGAGCGCCUCCUGAAGCUCUCUACAUCCACGGAUGACGACCUCUCACCACUUCUGCCAUUCAUACCUCCUUUCUAUUAUACUUGCGGCUACUCCUGAAAAUCGUCCUCAGUUUGUCGUGACUCCUAGAACUCAAUGGACACAAACACAUGGCCCCUUCGAUCCGGACUACUUCCCGGUGGGUUUCCAUAGUUGGCACACUGUACAAUUGCAUUGAGUGGUAUUUGGCAUUGAAAAUUAGAAGUUAAGCAGUUAAUUGGUGCACAUGUAGUGCACCAUGUAGGUAACACAUUUUUGGGAUAGGUGCGUUGUUGGCCAUAUCAAAGUCUGGGAUAUUGCCUAGUUACAGUUAACCUAUUGUAACCCCCAUCAUCAGUCUGGUUUUGUCCAAAGUGCUAUCCUCAUUCAGACCUGAUUUUGUUAUUUGCAGUCUUGUAUGAUCCUUUUUUGUGACAAGAACACUAAGUUCUUUCUGUACUCGUCUGCCAUCUUGUGGAUAGCAGUAGGAGCUACUUAUGAUGGGCUAGAAUUUGGGAAAAAGUUGAAUGAACUCCCAAAGACAUCAAGAAAGCCAGUGACACUCCAUAAUCAAUAGUUACUGCACUUUGUAUUUACUAUUGUACUUAGCCAGCAAAUAAUAACAACUCAUGAUUGCAUGAGAAUUGUCUAGACUUAAUUAUGGUUGGGGUUAAAUUCUUAUUUGUAAUCCUUUUAAAAACAUCUCUUCUUAAAACCUACAAGAGAUUUUAACACACUACACUGCCAUUUACACAAGUAACCUUUUAGUAACAAGAUUGAAUUACUCGAUGUACUUACUAUCGUGUGUGCAUAUACAGUAUACAUUUUGACUAAGGGCUUGGGUGCAUUGAAAUACAUACACUUAUUGUUCUUUGUAUAGUAUAGUAUGUGGUGCAGUUACAUUUUGUGCAAUUUUUGCUUAAAAUAAGCAAUUUAUCAAUGCACUUCAUAGGGUUAGGUUUUUAAAAUAUGGUCAGUUGAAAUAGCUGCUUUAAACAUUGGGCAUUGGGCCUAUAAAGAGCAAAGAAAUGCCUUGAAGCCUCAGCGGUCAGGACCAUAACUCAAAGGGAUCUGUCCACAGCUCUGAGAUGAGAUUUACCCUGGCUGUGUGUGUGUGUGUGUGUGUGUGUUUGUUUGUGCCCGUGAGGUGGUGAUUUGCAAAAUGUGAUCGUGUGAUGCUGCAUUUAAGGUGUACUAUGUUGUUUCGGUGGUCAGAAAAGGUCCCUACACCUAUAACAAUUCCACUGUGGUGGACUGUGUAUGUAAAAGAUAUCUAAUGAACAGCUUUGAAGAUUGCACAGGAGUUUUGACAAACAUCCUCUUUUCAAAUUCUGUUGUAGCUGUCAAUGUUAAAUCCUUUUUGACGACAAAAACUGUAUAUGUCACUUUUAACCGUUAACCAGCAAAACGACAUGUUUGCUCAUCUGUUAGUUUGAGGCACAAUUCAAAUGUGCACAUCGUCAGAGUUACUUGAAAAGAUGCAGCUCAUUAGGUCUAUUGAGUAAAAAUCCCUUGUCAGACCAUACUAAUUGUGUGGUUACGUGUGUUUGCCUUCAGCUUUCAGUUCAGGCAUUCUAGUUUUGUGUCUCUCCACCAUCUUAAUGAAACCACAUACAUACACAGAGCAGAAUGGAACUAAUACACAAAAUGUUUUGAACCACUGUUUCACACCCAGAUAAUAUAAUGUACAGUUCCUUACACCUCCACAUUUCAUUUGCAGCUGUAUGUUAGCCUCUCUUCUGCUAGCUCCCCCUCAGAUUGCAUAGUUAGUUCAGGCUUAGCUAAAGCCUUUUCUACUCUUUAACCCUUCUGGUCACAAUGCAGCUCUUGAUGGGUCUUUGUAUUUUAGGUCACAUUACGUUGCCUUUUUGUUACAUUUUUUUUGCUUUAUGAAUGUAUCCUCUAAGCCAUCCUGGUCUUGUUCCGUUCCAUCAUAAGCCCAUGAGGCUUUGCUUUUGGUUUUCUGUAAUCUGUCCAUGAGGAUGAAAAGUGAAGUGUCUGUCGUGUGGAAAAUGAUUAAACAAACAAAAGAAAAGAAAAAACAGUAAAGAAA